AAGGGUAAUGGCGAUGUUACAAGGGGAGGGUAAGAUGUGGCAGACAGAAGGAGCGGCUGUCUUGUCUGUCAUGACUCCUCCCAUUUACGUGAGAAUAUGAUAAUACUUAACGUUUUCAAUUAAUCUCCUUUAAAUGAAAGGAAAUGACGAAAAUUUGUUAUCUCAGAAUCCGUAAACAGUAGUUUCCCUUUCGAAAUAUCAAACUUGUGUUGUGGCUCGAUAGCCUCUGCAAGUCGGAGGUGAGCAGAAUGAGAAGUGAAAACGUUACCUUGGGCCUGUUAUGACUAUUUGCUUUGGCUGCUACUGUAUGCACUCGCUUACCCACACUGUGCUGAAAUAUAAACUAUGGUGGGGAAAGUGAUGAACAAAGAUGACUAACCAUGGUGCAGAUCGUGUGAGAAUCCACCAGCGCAACAUCCUUACCGCUCUGCCUCAGAGGCCCACAGCCAACAUGUCUCGCCGGUCGUCUUGCCGGAGCGGGAAUAAGGAUAACAUGCGAAAGCAUUCCUUACUCUUCCACCGAGCCUCGCCUUUCUGGUGGAUCCCACGUUUCGAUUCCGACAUCUUGGAGGGACAGUAUUGGCGCAGCACGUUCCCGCAGAUCCGUUUACGUUUCCAACUCGCACUACUCUACGUGUUCAUCGUUUCGCUGUCGUGGUGUGUCUACUUCAGUGCGGUUACCAUCCAUCACUGGCUAGCCUUUGCCAUCUCCUGCCUUUUCAUGCUCUUCCUCUCUGCCUUGGCCUUUUGUUUGACAUUGACGUCAAUUUACCAAAAUCACCAUUUGUUGUUUUCCUGCCUUAUGGCUGUCUCUGUUUGUUUGGUGACCCUUCCUGCCCAUUUAACUUGCCGACAUGGCACUAUUAUCGAGGGUGAAGUUUCUCCUGCCGGCUUACUCGCCUUGUCCAUGGAAGCCCUCUUGCUUAUUUACACCGUCAUCCCGCUACCGCUGUACAUGUGCAUCGGCAUCAGUAGCAUCUACUCCGUAUCGGUUGAGGCACUCUCCAUCUUUGUUGCCUCCUGCGAGACCAACGCAGCUGCCGCACUUGUUCGAGCUUUACUUCACCUGGGUGUCCAUCUCAUUGGGAUUCAUAUUUUCAUCAUGACGCAAGUCCGGAUGCGAUGCACUUUCCUUAAAGUUGGCCAACUGCUGCUCGUACGGCGGGAACUGGAAGAAGAAGCUCAAUUAAAGGAAAAAAUGAUUCGAUCCGUUAUGCCACCAAAAGUUGCCGAUUGGCUCAUGAAAGACGGACAUGAUGAAGGUGAUGAAGACGACGAUAAUCAGUCUAACGAAGAAAAAUAUCGUGGUGGCAAACUUUCAUCUGGUGUCAACGAUCAGUUACGCACCAUCUUCCGUCCUUUCAACAUGCAUCGCAUGGAAAAUGUCAGCAUUCUCUUUGCCGAUAUUGUCGGUUUCACACAAAUGAGCUCCAACAAGACGGCCGAGCAACUGGUUGGUCUGCUCAAUGAUUUAUUUGGCCGCUUUGACUUACUGUGUGGUCAGCAUGGUUGUGAGAAGAUAUCUACACUUGGCGACUGCUACUACUGCGUAGCUGGCUGCCCAGAACCUCGUCCGGAUCACGCUGGCUGCUGCGUGGAUAUGGGCCUUAGCAUGAUAGAAGCUAUCGGCCGGUUCGACGAAGAACGCGGCGAAAAUGUUAGCAUGCGUGUUGGCGUUCACACCGGAACUGUACUUUGUGGCAUCGUCGGCGUCAAGCGUUUCAAAUUUGACGUUUGGUCCAAUGACGUCACGUUAGCCAAUCAAAUGGAAUCGACAGGGAAACCCAGCCAAGUCCACGUAACACAAGCCACAUUUGCCUUACUCGACCAAGAGGUCUAUUUGUCCGAGGAAGGGGCUGUCUAUCACGGAUUGAAAACUUACUUUGUUUUGGGUCGGAAAAACAAAAUAAAUAUUGAGGAUUCAACAACUGCCGAAUUCAACGCCAUGUGGGUGGAUGAAACUGAUCCCACAAUUUCUUUACCUUAUGGAGUUGCUGGACCGUCUCUAGUGCCUAUCAGCGCAAACAAUGCCAACGCAAACAGUAAAAAAGCCAAUUCACUUCCUAGUAUUUUGGAUAUUUUGGAUGAAGUGGCCACAAGUAGCGAUAGCAACAGCAACAUGCCAUGCGAAUCAGCUCCAUUAAGAUCUUCUCGCUCCGUAAGUCAGGAUCGCAAAAAGAAAAAUAUCCAUUAUCAUGCCCAACGGUCGCAACAAGACGAGUUGUCUCCGUUAUCUGCAGCUCCCAUGUCAAUGGAAAUGCGAAGUAGUAACGCUAUUGUCUGCCCGGCCGGUCAGAACGGUAGAACGGACGAAUUGUCUCUUUUUCCAUCAGUAGAGUCGUUUAUGAGAGCACAAGGGGCAACCAGUACUCCCAGCACUCUGCAACGUAGACCAACUGCAUCUAACACUUCACAGCUAGGUGUAGGUGGUAUCACCGAUAUGGAACGUUCACCUACUAGCAUGAGUUUAGCUCUUUACAAUAAAGACGAGCUCGCUGAAUUAGAAGGUGCAGUGACCGAAAACAGUGUUGGACUUCACGCCAGUCUCAGCCGAUUCCACCAACUGCGCAAACAGUCGGACUUGGCCAUGAUCCGGUGUAUUCAAGAAGAUGAGUCUCAUCGUGUCUAUUUCAUGCGUCCACCUUUAAGUCAGGUCACAUUAUUUUUUAUCGAUACAGCAAUGGAAAAGGAAUAUAGAGCUCGAGCCCAUCAGCCAGAUCAACCCGGGGCACGUCUUACAUUAGCAUCACCUACGUACAACACCUAUCUGGAUAUCUUGGUCUCGGCGGUGACGUUUGUGCUAGUUUCGCUUUCGUGCCUUGUUCACUUUGAUUUCUCGUUAUCAUGGGGCAUCGUUUUCUUCUGGGGAGCGUUGAUUUUAUUGGCAACCAGCGCCAUUUUCUUACAUAACUUGUGCUGCGAAGAUGCUGUUGGCCGGAACUUGUUUUCUAUCGUCCACAACUGGUGUACGCGUUGGUAUUCGUGGCACGUCUGCGGCGCUCUACUUAUGAGCUUACCCGUCUUGGCGGUCAUGUCUAACUUUGGAUGCCGAGUGGUCGAAGAGAAAGAAGAAUCCAGCCGUAUCUUCUGGUAUCUGUUUUUCUUCAGCCUCGUUCAUUUUUGUAACUUCACGCAGCUCAACUGUUGGAUGAAGAAUGCUCUGGCAGCCCUCGCCGCACUUCUUCUCAUUGUCCUCGUCUCUACGCCCGUUUGCCCGUGCGAUUCCAUUACUCUCAACACCAAUUCCAGCGGCAGCACUGACGGUAUUCCCAACUUUACAGAGACCGACUAUGAGAAGACGGAAUUGGCCUUGUGUUACGAGAUUAUUUUACACUUACUUCUACUACUCUUGCUCGUCUGCUUCCUGAAUCGCGAAUUCGAAAUCAGCUUCCGACUGAGUUUCCACUGCAACACAGUGGCUGCAAGAGGAAAAGCCAAAGUGCAAAGCCUUCGAGACCAAGCCGAUUGGCUGUUGCACAAUCUUCUUCCACCUCAUGUGGUCGAGCGGAUGAGAGCUCGUCCCGGCUACUCCGAAAACCACCGCCAGGCCGGCAUUCUGUUUGCUAGCCUCGUCAACUUCAAUGAAAUGUACGACGAAUCAUAUUUAGGCGGACGCGAAUACCUGCGCGUCCUCAACGAGCUUAUUAGUGAUUUUGACGAGCUUCUUGGCCAACCUCAGUUCAAAAAUGUGGAUAAAAUCAAGACGAUCGGUAGUACUUACAUGGCGGCAUCCGGGCUCAACUCGGAAGUCCGAUCCCGGAAUUCUCACCGUCAUCAGCAUCUCUUUGAACUGAUCGAAUUCGCCUUACAGAUGCAACGAGUCUUACAGAAUUUCAACCAAAAUUUGCUCGAAUUCAACCUGAUCAUCCGCAUUGGCUACAACUGCGGUGACGUAACGGCCGGUGUCAUGACAGGAGGCAUCGGGACCAUGUCGAAGCUUCACUACGACAUCUGGGGAGACGCCGUCAAUAUUGCCAGCCGGAUGGACUCGACAGGUGUUCACGGUCGAGUUCAAACGACCGAAGCUUGCGUUCAAGUACUAGAAGAGCGCUACGAUUUUGAGAAACGUGGAACCGUCUACGUCAAAGGCAAGAACGAUAUGAAUGUUUACUUGUUGGGCGAAAAGAAAAAGACAAGUCUGUUUUAAAAUCUCCCCAUCUUUGUCUGAAAGCAAAGCUGCCAUUUUAACAAAGAAGAAGGAAACAAAUUACCUCUAAAUCAACAGUGACUCUCACAUCACGGAGGUUGUGCCAUCACGAAAAGUCGUCUCUAGUUCGGCUUGUCGAUUGCUAACAUUUUAUCUCUUUUUAACUAAGAUGAUAACUA